AUGUGGAUCCCAAAUGACGGCUAUACUUACAGUGUCCUUAAGAUUCUGGCCCAUGCCUUAAAAGCUGCAUCCAAACCCCAGAGGAGAAGGGAGAAGGGAGAAGAGAGGCUGGGGGCUCCAAGGCUGCAACCGUGGAAGCUCCAUCCUUUUCUGGAGAAGAGUGAAUUGUUCAAUGUUUCCCUUCUGGAAGUGUACAUGGAUCAAAAUGGAGUCAUAGGAGCAGAUAUGUGGAUUAUUAGUAAGGUGAUUCUCCCCAAGGAGGAUGUCAUCGACAAAUUGUUGGGGAUUUUUGAAAGACAGAUUCUUUCAAUCAACAAAAAGGCUUUGUCACAGCUAAAGUUGCUCAACAAGAUUGUCAAAGCCAACAACCGGGACCUCUCCUAUAUACUCCUGGUCACCCUCCUGCUUUGUUUUUUGUCCUCCUUUCUCUUCAUUGGACAGCCAAGGAAAGCCACCUGUCUUCUCCGACAAACGGUGUUCAGCAUAGUCUUCUCAGUAGCCGUGUCUUCUGUGUUGGCCAAAACUAUCACAGUGGUACUGGCAUUCUUGGCCACAAAACCAGGGAACAGAGUGAGGAGAUGGUUGGGGAAGAGCUUGGCCAACUCCAUCAUUCUUUUUUGUUCUGCUGUCCAGAUGUUCAUCUGUGCUAUGUGGCUGGGAGUUUCUCCCCCAUUCCCUGACUCUGACAUGCACUCCCAGCCUGGAGAGAUCAUCCUUCAGUGCAAUGAAGGCUCGGUCACCAUGUUUUAUGUUGUCCUCAGUUACAUGGGCUUCCUUGCUGCUAUUUGCUUCAUAGUGGCUUUCCUGGCCAGGAACCUGCCUGGGGCCUUCAAUGAAGCCAAGCUGAUCACCUUCAGCAUGCUGCAAUCUCCAUUCAUGUAA